AUGGCUUUCACAAGGCAAACUACGUCUGCUAGCUACGAUGGUGCUACGGUUGCUGUCUCCCAGCCUACGAUCACGACCACGACCACACCAUACUUCUCUUCGUACGCCUUCGCUCUGCACUCGAUACCCGCCGCGUGGAUGCUCUCGGUCCCGCCGCACGCGUACCUCUUUUCCAAACUGAUGACGGCGUCCGGGUACGCGUACUCGAACCUGGUGCCGCGGGCCCAGCUGGCGACGUUGGCGCCGACGUUGCCAAAGGCCACGGCCGACAUGCUCUGGCGUGCGAGAGGGUGCCAUUUGAAUGCAUUGGAGGGGUUCCCGCUGUUCGCGGCUGCAAUGCUCGCAGGCACACACGCCAAGCUCGACGCCCGCGACCUCAACACCUGCGCGGCGGAGUACCUCGUCGCCCGCACGCUCUACAGCGUGCUGUACAUGACGGUGCGCAGUGAGCGGGCCAGCUACCUGCGCUCCGCGGUCUGGGCGUGGAGCGUGGGCAUCCCGGCCUACGUGCUCUGGAAGGCCGGGUGGAGGAUCGUUGACGGCUAUGGGCCAGCGCAAGAGCAAGAGUCUGCGCGAGGUGCGGCCGGUCAGAAGGCGAGUCUGUAA